AUGAUAAAGGCUCCAAGAAAUUAUAAAUCACUUGUUCCAACUACCAACGUGGCCAUGUCGAAUAUUAUUGAAUCCAUCAUAGGUGGUAUCAUAGACUUUAUGCCACCAUUAUGGCUUAUACUUUGCAUUGUGGUAAUUUGCGUUGUCAUUCUCAGGAUCUCCUUGUUUGCCGAGAUGAUAAGAAGCAUGAGAAACCAUCUUCGGUACCUUCAUAGUAUAAGAUACAGAUCACUGUUUCAAGACGAUUUGGAAAAUGGUCUCUCCAGCAAUAACUUCGAUCUUACGGGCAAUCUCGAAGGAGACACGAGAGAGGGUCUUGAUGAAAACGCUACGACCGAGAUACGGAAUAUGAUGACAAUGGAGAAUAUUUCAUUUGACGAGGCUCGGUUACGGUAUUUCCGUGAUAGGCUAUCAAACCAUGGCAUUGGAAGCGAUGGAGUACCCACUGAUAGGCGAACUGUCACGUUCGACAAUAUCUAA